CGUACAGUGAAGUGGGCGUCUAUCCGUACAAAAUACUUUUUAUGGAUGACUAUUCGCAUCCGACCCGGAAGUCAUCUUUUGUAGCCAUUGCAUUGCACCAAUUUAUUGUAAUCUCCACUGGGCGUAAUUAUAUCAUCUGGUGUGAUCAUUAGGAACCAACUAUUAUUUGCCUUUUUCGUAAAAGUUUUUUUUACUUAGUUGCUCUCUACUCUCUCCCUUUCUCUGUUUCCGCCUGAGGAAACCGAUUUGAGAUCCAGAAAAGUGCACCACCGGCAAUGGCGAAAUCCAGCGCAGACGACGAGGAGCUCAGGCGAGCCUGUGAGGCGGCAAUCGAAGGCACCAAACAGAAGAUCGUGUUUUCGAUCCGCGUGGUCAAGGGCCGAGGGAUCUGGGGAAAAUCUGGCAAGCUCAAACAUAUGGGAAAAGCUAGGGUUCUCGCCAUUUCCACAAAAUCAAAAGGUCAGCGGACUAAAGCUUUCCUACGUGUCUUCAAAGAUUCUUCUGGUGGAGAACUUGAGCCUGCAAAGUUAUACAAGUUGAAGCAUCUUUCAAAGGUGGAGGUGAUAACAAACGAUCCUAGUGGCUGUACUUUUACGCUGGGAUUUGAUAAUCUUAGAAGCCAGAGUGUUGCUCCGCCUCAGUGGACCAUGCGCAAUAUUGAUGAUAGGAAUCGCCUUUUAUUAUGCAUUUUAAACGUAUGCAAAGAUAUAAUGGGUCGUCUUCCCAAAGUUGUUGGUAUAGAUGUUGUGGAGAUGGCUCUAUGGGCUAAGGAAAAUACUCCAAAAGUUACUAAUCAAAGGACUGUACGAGAUGGGCCUGUUGCACAGACAGUGACUGAAAGUGACUUGGAUGUGACUGUUGAAAAAGAACUUGUGUCUCAAGCUGAAGAAGAGGACAUGGAAGCUCUUUUGGGCACUUAUGUCAUGGGUAUUGGUGAAGCAGAGGCAUUUUCUGAAAGGUUGAAGAGAGAACUUCUAGCUUUGGAAGCAGCAAAUGUGCAUGCCAUUUUAGAAAGUGAACCUUUGAUUGAUGAGGUAUUACAAGGGCUUGAGGCUGCUUCAAUUUGCGUUGAAGAUAUGGAUGAAUGGUUGGGCAUCUUCAAUCUGAAACUUAGACAUAUGAGGGAGGACAUUGAGUUGAUAGAAACCCGGAAUAACAAACUAGAGACGCAAUCGGUGAAUAAUAAAGCACUCAUUGAGGAACUAGAUAAGCUUGUUGAACGCUUGCGUGUUCCUUCUGAGUAUGCAGCAUGUCUUACGGGAGGUUCAUUUGAUGAGGCAUGUAUGCUUCAAAACAUAGAGGCAUGUGAAUGGCUAGCUGGUGCUUUACGUGGACUUGAAACACCCAAUUUGGAUCCUGCAUUUGCAAACAUACGAGCUGUUAAAGAAAAGCGAGCAGAACUUGAAAAAUUGAAAACUACAUUUGUGAGAAGAGCUUCAGAGUUCUUAAGAAACUACUUCGCUAGUUUGGUGGAUUUCAUGAUAAGUGAUAAGAGUUACUUUUCUCAGAGGGGACAGUUGAAAAGGCCUGAUCAUGCUGAUUUGCGGUACAAAUGCAGGACAUAUGCUCGCCUUUUGCAACAUUUAAAGAGUCUGGAUAAGAAUUGCCUGGGUCCAUUAAGGAAGGCAUAUUGUAGCUCCCUUAAUUUGCUUCUCCGUCGGGAGGCUCGUGAAUUUGCAAAUGAACUUCGUGCAAGUACGAAAGCAUCAAGAAAUCCAACCGUCUGGCUUGAAGCUUCCACUGGGUCUGGAUCAAAUGCGAAUGCUGCAGAUACUUCUACAGUCUCUGAUGCUUAUGCGAAAAUGCUAACAAUUUUUAUCCCGCUUCUUGUAGAUGAGAGUUCUUUUUUUGCACACUUCAUGUGCUUUGAAGUUCCUGCACUUGUGCCUCCUGGAGGUGUUGCCAAUGGUGGUAAACCGGGCUACAAUGAUGAUGAUGCCAAUGAUGAUGAUUUGGGGAUUAUGGACAUUGAUGAUAAUGACGGCAAAGCUGGUAAAAAUUCUGCAGAGCUUGCAGCACUAAAUGAAUCUCUUCAGGAUUUGCUUGAUGGAAUCCAGGAAGACUUUUAUGCUGUGGUGGACUGGGCAUACAAGAUUGAUCCUUUACGCUGUAUAUCAAUGCAUGGGAUCACAGAGCGCUAUCUUUCUGGUCAGAAAGCAGAUGCAGCAGGAUUUGUGCGUCUGUUGCUUGGGGAUCUGGAAUCAAGAAUUUCUAUGCAAUUUGGCCGGUUCGUUGAUGAAGCUUGUCAUCAGAUUGAAAGAAAUGAACGCAAUGUCCGGCAGAUGGGUGUCUUAUCCUACAUCCCACGGUUUGCUACUCUUGCAACACGAAUGGAGCAAUACAUCCAGGGACAAUCAAGGGAUUUGGUUGAUCAAGCAUACACAAAAUUUGUUAGCAUAAUGUUUGUGACUUUGGAAAAAAUUGCACAAACAGAUCCAAAAUACGCAGAUGUUUUUCUUUUAGAGAACUAUGCAGCGUUUCAGAAUAGUUUGUAUGACCUAGCCAAUGUUGUGCCUACCCUAGCCAAGUUUUAUCACCAGGCUAGUGAAGCUUAUGAACAAGCUUGCACUCGUCAUAUCAGCAUGAUUAUUUAUUAUCAAUUUGAAAGACUUUUUCAAUUUGCUCGAAGAAUAGAGGACUUGAUGUACACAAUAACACCAGAAGAGAUCCCUUUCCAACUUGGAUUGUCAAAGAUGGACCUACGGAAGAUGUUAAAAUCCAGUUUAUCUGGGGUUGACAAGUCUAUCAGUGCAAUGUAUAAGAAGUUGCAGAAGAACUUGACUUCAGAGGAACUUUUGCCUUCUCUAUGGGAUAAAUGCAAGAAGGAGUUUCUCGACAAGUAUGACAGUUUCGCCCAACUUGUUGCCAAAAUUUACCCAACGGAGCAAAUCCCAUCCGUAGUUGAAAUGAGAGAGCUUUUGGCUUCCAUGUAAAAAAAACGAGUAUUUUAUUGUACAAUGUCAAUAGCUUGUUUUGGAGUAAAAUAUGUAUUAGCCUGCAAGUAUUAUUCUUUUUUCAAACAAUUUUCUUCUCUCAUUGAUUUGAUUUAUUAGACAUCUUUCCAAGAUGUCAAAAUAGGUUGAUUUAGUAUUCAUGUAUCCUCGUGACGGACCUCAGGGUACAUAUGUUAAUAUAUAUUUGGCUGCGUCCCUUUC